AUGGCCCCGCACGCCAUCCGGCUCGACUCUAUCUGGGGUUCCUAUUCGGUCGAGUGGAACGAUCCAACCUCUAGUUACCAAUGGUCUGUGGCCUCUGUUCAGAGCCCGCGCAUGGGGCAAAAGGACUACGGGUCCUUAAGUCCCUAUGAGUCCUCACAGAAUCCGAGACCCUACUAUCGUACCUACUUUUCCCCGUCCCCUUACCCGUUACGAGCCCGCGGGGCCUCUGCUAGCGCUUCAACUCGACCAGGUUCCUCUGUACACAACCCUAUCCUUAUCAUGGACGGGCCUAUGUACAGAGGCGGGGUGAUUCGUCCUUCAUGGUUCCAAUGGUCCCGCCAGCGUUUGGAAGCGUUCAACCGCCCCAAUCGACCUCGAACCCGAGUCAAUUGCUCAGCUGAUGGCCCGGCUUCUCCGGAUCAUCGGCCUUUUGUCGUUGCCGGAUUGGCGAUGGCCCAAGUGGCUUUGAUUAUCGCAUCCAGUGAUCGUCCGGAUUCCCCGUCCGAACUCCGGACCCCGUCGCCCUCCCCGUCGCGGGUUCCCCCCGGGUUGGUGGGCCUCCACCCCCGCUUUCAGGGUGCGGAUGCAGCCAGUCCCGGCCAGGCGUCUCCAGUAUACCAACCUCGCCUCCCGGGUGAGAGAUCGCAUCCCAACUCGCCCAUUUAUCGACCCGCUUCCGACGAAGCCGACAAUCCAUUCUUAGUAUCCAACCGAGUUGUCAUAGGCGACGAGUGGCUGGUACCGGCUGCUCCUCGUCCCAGCAACCUCACUUCGCCGGCUAUCAGCUGUCGAAACUCGAUCGCAGAUUCGUCCGAGUACGGGUCUCAUUCCUCGGCCGAGUAUGGGGAUCGUUCCCAGGGUUCGGGUGCGUCAGGCUCAUCUCAAUCCGGGGAAGCUACUGCCGAGACCAAUCGCGCCGAUGAUGGGAUGGACCUCCUUAUUGAGUGGUCGGGUGGUGUACGUCCUUCUCCUUACUCUAUCACCUGCUUCUUACCCGGCCGCUCAUUACUUUCUGCACCUCCUGAACAGGUCCCUCCACCCCCUGAGUGGGAUGAUACGUGGACCACCUUACCCGACUGGCUUAACCAGCCCGCGCCUACUGGUAACGAGCCCAACGGUCAUCAACCCAUCGAGGUUGAUGCCGUUGAUCCUGAAGGUGGUGCCGAUGCCGACGGUGAUGCCAAUGGUGAGGCCGAUGCCGAUGGUGUCACCGAGACUGAUCUGGCGGACGACGUCAGCAUGAGUAGCAUUUCUCGUGCUUCCACCCCCUCCAUCAUUGGUCAACCCCCGAUCGAGGAUUACCCCUUCUUAAGCGACCUCCAAGUCCAAGCUCUCCUGGAGCCCCAUCUUCCCUUAGCUAUCGAGCAUCGUGCUCGUUUCGCAAUCGACUCCGAGGCCUAUACUAGGCUCUAUCACACUUUUGCUCGAGCCUUCGUACCCUACUGCCAGCAGAUUCCCAACGAGGUCGUCAACGGUCGAAUCCAGCGACUCAGGAAUACCACCGCCACCGCUCCCGUCUGGAGAGGAGUAGACCAAAAGCUUGACUCUCCACAGACCAAAAGGAUUCUGGUCUGA